GUCACUUGCCACGCGUUGGGACAACAUCCAUAUAUGGAAUUAUUUUUCCGCGCCCGUUUCAGAUGGACUGACGCGUCGAGUAGUCCUUCUAACGUACACCUUGCAGCACCAUUGAACUUCAGCAAACAUGGGAAACGCUCCAUCUGGCAUGCCGCCUAGUCAACCUCAGGGACAGGAUAAUAAGGAUAAUAAGGACAAAAAAGCCGAGCCGCCAAAGAAGAAAUGGGAACCGCCUCUGCCGACUCGUGUUGGCAAGAAGAAAAGACGAGGACCAGCCACUGCCUCAAAGCUACCCCCUGUCUUUCCUGCUACACGGUGUAGGCUUCGUCUACUCAAGAUGGACCGCAUUAAAGACUACCUACUCCUGGAAGAGGAAUUCAUUCACAACCAAGAGCGCAUGAAGCCCGAAUCAUCUCGUGAGGAGAAGAAUCAGGAUGAAAGGUCUAAAGUGGACGAUAUUAGAGGGACGCCGAUGAUGGUGGGCACGCUAGAGGAGAUCGUCGAUGAUGACCAUGCUAUCAUCAGUACUGCAAGUGGCCCGGAGUCAUACGUUUCGAUAAUGAGCUUCGUCGACAAGGAUAGGAUUGAGCCUGGGUGCUCAGUCCUACUAAACCACAAGAAUCAGGCGGUAGUCGGCGUGCUGGAGGAUGAUACCGAUCCUCUAGUCAGUGUCAUGAAAUUAGACAAGGCUCCCACAGAAAGCUACGCUGAUAUUGGUGGUCUCGAGAACCAAAUCCAAGAAAUCAAGGAAUCUGUCGAACUCCCGCUAACACAUCCGGAGCUAUAUGAGGAGAUGGGAAUCAAGCCGCCGAAGGGUGUCAUCCUUUACGGGGUCCCCGGAACAGGAAAGACCCUCCUUGCCAAGGCAGUCGCAAAUCAAACGUCCGCAACAUUCUUGCGCGUGGUCGGUUCCGAGCUUAUUCAGAAGUAUCUUGGUGACGGUCCCAAGCUUGUUCGUGAACUCUUCCGUGUAGCCGAAGAACAUGCCCCAAGUAUCGUCUUUAUCGACGAAAUCGACGCCAUAGGUACCAAACGGUAUGAUUCAACAUCAGGUGGCGAACGUGAAAUUCAAAGAACAAUGUUGGAACUACUCAACCAGCUUGAUGGCUUUGAUACUCGUGGCGACGUCAAGGUUAUCAUGGCCACGAAUAAGAUUGAGACGCUAGAUCCCGCACUUAUCCGACCAGGUCGUAUAGACCGAAAGAUUGAAUUCCCACUGCCUGAUGUAAAGACCAAGCGGCAUAUCUUCCGAUUACAUACGUCACGGAUGAGCCUGAACGAUGAUGUUGAUCUGGAGGAGUUCAUCAUGGCCAAGGAUGAUCUUUCUGGUGCUGAUAUCAAGGCUGUUUGCACAGAGGCCGGUAUGUUAGCUUUGCGAGAACGUCGGAUGCGGGUGACGAAAGCAGACUUCACUGCUGCGAGGGAAAAGGUUUUGUACAGGAAGAACGAAGGCACUCCCGAAGGCCUGUAUCUGUAGCUUGUCCUUCUCGAUUAUCAAUAUACAUUUCUCUACACUAUCAUCUGAUUGAAGUACAGCGUUUUUGCAAGGUGACUCUUUUAUCUGUGAAAGCUUCUGUCCACGCCCACGUUUUGAUCUCCCUAUGUGGUCCCUUCUCUAUUUAACUGUAUCAGACAUAGACGAUACUGUCAAUCGGGGUGAGAAGCUGGUCGAACCAGCCUUACACUGAUAUCUCAAAAUUUGCAAUUGGUAGUUUUGGAAACCUACGUUAUAUUCCGUUGACAAUCAUGCUCAAUUGAAAGUGCGCUUCCUCUUUGUAUUCAUCGCUCAUAAUUAUUACAGUGGCUACUAGUGACUACCAAACAUAUACACCGGUUCGUGCCCAUGAUGAGUUUGAUAUAAUCUCU